AUGAGUGACAUCGAGACCACUCCUAGCACCACCGCUACCAAUGCAAAUCCACCAUUCGAGCUGGACAUCGUGAUCAAUAACGUCGUCUGCUCGUUCAGCGUUCGCUGCCAUCUGAAGCUGCGGGAGAUUGCGUUGCACGGCUCCAACGUGGAGUACCGUCGGGAGAACGGGAUGGUGACCAUGCGCUUGCGUCGUCCCUAUACGACGGCCUCGAUCUGGUCGUCCGGCCGCAUCACCUGCACGGGCGCCAUCUCGGAGGCGCAGGCCAAGGUGGCGGCGCGUCGCUAUGCUCGCAGCUUGGCCAAGCUGGGAUUCCCGGUGCGCUUUCAGCAUUUUCGCAUCGUCAACGUGCUCGGCACGUGCAGCAUGCCCUGGCCGAUACGCAUCGUCAACUUCUCGGAGCGGCACCGCGAGAGCGCCUGCUAUGAGCCGGAGCUGCAUCCGGGCGUCACCUUCAAGAUGCAGGAGCCGAAGGCCACCCUCAAGAUAUUCUCGACGGGCAGCAUCACGGUGACGGCGGCCAGCGUGAGUGCCGUGGAGACGGCCGUACAGCGUCUGUAUCCGCUCGUCCACGAGUUCCGCACUCGACCCCUGAACGAGAUCCUGGACGAUGGCAAGAUGAAGCCGAAGUUGCCCAAUCUUCUCAAGCGUCCCAUGCCAUCCCAUGCCAUGGCCGGCAAUGCCAUCUCCAAGCUCAUGCCCACGCCCGUGGACAUGUCCAUGCCCAUGCCACUGUCGCUGCCCGUGGCCCCGCCCAUGCGCAUUCCCAUGCUGAACGUGAUGCCCGGACUGAAGCGCGAGCAGCCCACUCCGCCGCCGAAGAGUGCGCCCAGCGAGAACAUCUGUGGCAAUGCGCGUCGUCGCGCCGCCGAGUGCUGGGCCAGCAAGCUGCAGAAGAAGCGUCCGCGCUUCAACGACGCCGGCGCCAUGGCCAUCCUCAACGCCAACAACUUGGCCCGUCAAAACCAGCUGCUCCGCAAGGCACCCAACAAGCCGGACGUGAAGUCCACAGCCCUGGGCGGCGAAUUGGAAAGCAGCGCGACGGAUGAUGAAAAGAAGCAUUCCUAG